AUGUCUAAAUCGCUAGUGAAAAAAGCAUUUGCAUUAGCGGAGCAAGAGCUUGCAUCUUCAUCGAAACACAAAGCAGAUGAAAAAGCGACGAAACGAAAAGCAAGCGCCUUCGAACUGAUACCACGACACCAGCAACUUGUGAAAUUGGUUGGCAAGAAGGGAAAUAAGGUAGAGAAAGAUUUGGUUCGCCGCCGGGAGAAGCUUACCGUCACGGACGUCCGGAAACAGAUUGCAAAUCGGCGUGACCCUACAGACGAUAAUAUUAAAAAACUGCUUAUGCUAACCACCUCCAACCUGGAUGAUGUAUCACGUGAAACGAUCCUGAAACGUGCCCGCACUGGUCAUUACGUAUCGCGAGUACGUGUGCCAAAAACGAACCGAAACAAAUACGGGUCCACGAUGUCAGAAGAAGAUGAGCAAGGUGCUGCAAAUCACAGUGUAUUUACGGAUGAAGAUUUCGCUAACUUUGCAAAGGAGCUUGAAACUAGCGCACUAUUGCAGAAAUAA